UCUGCCACAAGUUAUAAGGGGCAGAAGGAGGUGUCUACUUUGUUGCCAGAGCCUGCCCUGGAAUUAGCCUUGCACCAUUCGGAAGACCCAGCCUUGCUGAGCGCUGAGCGCAGCAGUCCCUUGGCGAGGCAGCGGUACUCCCUGGCUCCCCAGUCAUGUUCUGGCAGCUGUCUGCAGUGGUGGUGCUCUUCGUGUCCCCGGCCGUGAUUUUGCAUUAUGGCGGUCAUGUGAGAGCAAAAGCGUUUCCAGAAAUCACAGGCUAUUCUCCACCUGCAACAGUACAGACCACAGCAAAACCUUGUCUCCUGCAGCCAACGAACCGUGUUCCUCAGAAAACUUUAGCAGCAAGGUCAACAGAUGGGCAUGUCACCUCUCAGAUAGCUGUCACAGCAUCCACCUCUGAGACCCUAACCACACACACAACCAUAAAAAUUCCAGCAACAGCUUCCCUGGUAACUGCAGACAGCACCCCCUCCACCAGCCCGACAGCCCACACCCUAGUCACAACCCUGGCCACACCCAACAAGUCACACACGGCUGCUCCAGUCACUGAGGCUACAAUCAGCCCCAGCACAGGUCCCAGUCCACCACCAUCCACCGUCACCCCGCCAGCCCACAGAACUGGAGCCAGGCCGUCGACCGUCAGCCACACAACUGGGAAAACCACCCAACUCAGUAACCAGACCACCCUUCCAGCAACAUUGUCCACCACACCACACAACAGCACAACCAGUCAGAAGCCUACUCAACCCACCCACACCCCGGAGCCCACCAACGCAACCCACAGAGCCUCGCCUGCCACCAUAGCUCCCAGGCCCACCCUCGCACCCCAGCCAUCGUCAGCCAAGACUGGAAUUUAUCAAGUUCUGAACGGAAGCAAGCUCUGUAUCAAAGCAGAGAUGGGGAUAGAGCUGACGGUUCAAGACACGGAGUCGGUUUUUUCACCUCAGAAAUACUUCAACAUCGACCCCAAUGCAACCCAAUCCUCUGGGAACUGUGGCUUCCGAAAAUCCAACCUUCUCUUGAAUUUCCAGGGCGGAUUUGUGAAUCUGACAUUUACCAAGGAUGAAAACUCGUAUUAUAUCAGUGAGGUGGAAGCCUAUCUGACCGUCUCAAAUCCAGAGAAAGUUUACCAAGGAAUGAAAAGUGCAAUGGUGAUGUUCGAGACUGUGGCGGGGCAUUCCUUCAAGUGUGUGAGCGAACAGAGCAUCCAGCUCUCCACCCACCUUCAGCUGAAAACAAUGAAUAUCCAACUUCAAGCCUUUGAUUUUGAAGGCAACCACUUUGGAAAUGUGGACGAAUGUUCAUCUGACUACACAAUCAUGCUUCCCGUGAUUGGGGCCAUCGUGCUUGGUCUCUUCGCAGUGGGUUUGAUUGUCUAUGCAAUCCGCUUAAGGCGUGAAUCUUCUGGAUACCAGAGAAUCUAACUGGUGCCCCAAGGGAAAAGAAAAAGGUGGAGUUUAGAGAAUUCUUUCAUUGUUUCCAGGAUGUUGAAGACUUCCCUUGGAGUGUGGGUCCUUCCAACCGUGUAAACCACUAUCUUUCACAAAAACCAAAUUUCUGACGUAAGUUCAAGCAGUACAUCAAUUUCAAAAUAUUUUUUGUUCAUUUUAUGAAAGAUCUAGUGAGCUGUUUAAGAAUAUUUUCUAGUUUCCUUGAAAAUAUUUUAACCAAAGUCAACAUUUGAGAUACAUUCAAUUAACAUAAUGUAUGUAAAGUGGUACAUGCUCCACAUUAUAAACCGAAGCAUCAACAGUAAUGAACGUUACCUGUGUUCACGUUGGGGAUUUUAUUUUAUCCUUGAUCUUUUCCACUUUUAAAAAUGCUUCUGCUUUGCCUGUAAAAUGUAUUUUCAGUGCUUUUACUAUCCAUGUUUUGUAAGAUGUAUGUCAAUUGACCUUCCUCCUUUUCCACUUUAAAUGUUCUCUAAAAAUCGUCAAAAAGAGCAACAUAUCAUAGGUUGUCUAGAUAUUUGAUGUGACACCAAGAGGAAUAGAUCAGCUUAUAUUUUUAUCUUGAUGACUCCUCCAGAAUCACUAAAACUAAGAAUUAGGUGGCUACAGACAACAGAAUUAAAUAAUAAGCAAGAAACGAUAAUAAUGGCCUUUCACUAUUGAACAGGUAUGUGUCAGACACUAGGCUAAGCAGUUUAUAUACAUCUCAUUUAAUUUGCACAACUUACAUGUGAGCAAACUCAGACUUAAAGAAAUUAAUCACUUAAAUGUCACCCAGCUAACAAGUGGCAGAGCCUGAAUUUGACUUCCUGUUGGUCUGGUACCAAGGUCUCUGGUCUUUUCACUACAUCAAAUUGCCUACAAGAACAACGACAGUAAGUGCUGCCUGAAGCCUCAUACUGGCAUAGGCUCCCUUUUACAGAGGAAAUUAUUUUGUCCAGAAUCACGAGAGAUUAUGGUACAUGAAAGGAGGGCUUAAUGGGAAAUAAAAUAGCCUAUCAUUAAUGAAGUUCUCUACUCCCUCGAAGAAAACUGAGAGGCUCUGUAAAACAUUCGUUUCUCAUUUUCAAGGGAUUGUUAAGCUGUGAGUCUAAGGAAAAAGGAAUGGAGUAAAUUUCUCAAGGCAUUUUUUAUUUCUUUGAAAGAGAAAUUUAACCGCUAACCAACUUUUCUUUCUCGAAUGUAGAUCCCCCUCUUGUGGUAACUUGCUUCUUCUGCAGUUUUAUGGCCACGUUUUCACUCUAGUUCACGUUUUUCUGUAGAGCAGCCAAGAAUUUUAUUCCUCCUUGUUUUUACUACCAAAGAAAUGUUAACAGAAAAGACCACACACCCCUAGCAUUCGUUAGUAAAGGAAUGAUUCGAGUCACCCUGGAGAACAUAUUCACUUUCCUGACUUGUUCUCUUAUGGCUCAGUAGGGUUGGCAAGGACCUGCCUUUAGUCUUAAUAGAAUAUUGAAUUGUAUUAAAAGUUUUUGUAAUAAAAACUUACCUUGGAGAUUUAUGUCAUUCGUUCCUUAUAAUUCGGUUUUUGUGCUAUUAAAAAUUUUGUUUUACAACCUUAGUGGAGGUUGUUGCUUGAAUCAGUAAGUUAAAUCGUCUUCCUAGAAAUAAUUUAUUUUGUUCUAUUCUCCACUGCCACAUUAUUACUAGGUAGGAAGACCUAUUUGAGAGAAACUGAAUUUCUGAGAAGAUAAACCAUAUUAAAGUUAUAAAUUAAAUUUCUCAACUCUCAGUCCAGACUACCUGAUUGGAUCACUGGUUUAUUUAAGUGCUGCCACAAUUAUCCAUUCAUUCAUUCAUCCAACCAACAUCGAUUAAGGACUUCCUAAACGCCAGACAGUCUGGUAGGGGCUGAGAUAAAUCAGAAGAGGUCCUGUGUUAGUUAUCUAUAGCUGUGUAACAAAUUGCCCUGAAACCUAGCAGCUUAAAACAACAUUUAUUAUCUCACACAGUCUCUGAGGGUCAGAAAUCUGGGAGCAGCUUAGCUGGGUGGCUCUGGCUCAGGGUCUCUCACCAGGUGGCAGUUCGGCUGUUAGCCAGAGCUGCAGUCAUCUGAAGGUUCAAAUGGGGCUGAAGGAUCUACUCCCAAGUUCACACCAUGUGGCAUAUCGAAAGGGAUGCUCACAACAUGGCAACUGGCUUUCCCCAGAGCAAGUGAUCCAAGAGAGAGAGACGACCACCUAAUCACAGAAGUGACAUGACAUCACUUCUGCUGUAUCCUGUUGGUCACAUUGACCAUCCCUGGUACAAUGUAGGAGUGAAGACCAGGAGAGGUAGAAAUCAAGGGGGGUCUGUCUUGGAUGCUGUCUACCCCACGUCCACUGUCAAGGUAGAAUUACUGGUUUACUUCUGUGGGGAAACUCGCGUAUAGAAAUUCCAGUGCAGGGCUUCCCUGGUGGCGCAGUGGUUGAGAGUCCGCCUGCCGAUGCAGAGGACACGGGUUCGUGCCCCGGUCCGGGAAGAUCCACAUGCCGCGGAGCGGCUGGGCCCAUGAGCCAUGGCCGCUGAGCCUGCGCGUCCGGAGCCUGUGCUCCGCAACGGGAGAGGCCACAGCAGUGAGAGGCCCGCGUACCGCAAAAAAAAAAAAAAGAAAAAAGAAAUUCCAGUGCAUACACAAAGAAAAGUGGUUUAAUAGGAACCUAUACAAAAGGUAAUAGGAGCA